AUGGGCUGCGGCGCCGCGGCAACCCCAGCUGGCCCGGACCAGCCGGUCGAGGGCGGGUGCUCCGACGACUCCGACUCCAGCGGCGAGGAGCUGCAGUACGGGCCGGGCAUCGUGUCCCGGCUAAAGACUCGCUACCUCUCGAUGGCGCGGGGAAAGGAAGGCGUCGGCCGAGGUGCGCUGCCUCGCGCAGUCAGCCUUAAGGACAUCCUGAAGGAGGAGGGCGCCUUCGAGCGCGGUGCAGUCCAGGACAGCUACGUGCUGGCCGUCCGGAGCGUGCUGAACGUGCCGCCAGCCUGGGGCGAGUCGAUAAGAAAGGCAAAACCAGCCGUCGGGCCUGAGCCAGGCCGGCGGGAGCCAGUCGCUGGUCCGACGGCGGAAGGCGGCGACGGUCCGGCUGCCGCCGCCCAUUUGUCGCGUGUGCUGCCGACUGCGGAGGGUGAAGGGGCCAGCGGCGCCCAGGAGCCGGCCACCGGUGGUGCAGCCAACGCCGGGCCGGAGCGCAGCGGUAAGAACGGUCUCGAGGAGGGCGGAUGGCCUGGUGGCGGACUAACCGUGAAUUCCCCUGCUAAUGGGAUCCCCUCAAACGAGACUGAAUAUUCGUGGGAAACCACAGCGACGGACCCGGCCGUGACAUCUAAUUCAAAUAUCUCGCAUGCGUCUGGUAAAGACAAUGGCACGUGGUCCUCAGAGGUUACCCGUGGUACAAAUGGCACGUUACCGUUCCUGCAAAACAAGCAGGUUGGGGUUAUUAAGCCAACACUAAAGCCGGAGCCCCAAGAGGAGCGGGACAAGCGAAAGAAUGCGUUGAACCAGGCCAAGAGUAGCACAAAUGAUGGGAUCGUGGUGAAUGUGCGGCCUUUACGAACAAACAAUAUACCAAAAGUACUGCUAGAAGGCAACAGAGCCCCCAAGAAAGACAAAGCGACCGCGGUAUUGUCAAACAACAAAAGUGGCAUACCCUUGGUGCACUCCUCGGGACUAGCGGGCUUGAAAAACGCCAACCGCGUGCAGCCACCCAGUCGAAUAUCCAAGCAGUCCGUGAACUCAGGGACAGACUCAGCCCAGGCGGCUAACAAGCGACUCUCAGCAGCAACGCAGCCUCGCGGCCCAUCGCUGACGGCGCAGCCUCAGCCCGCUCAAACAGUCGGGGCCUCGCAGACGUCUGGCGUGGGAUCAGAGCCCGCGCAGGAGAGGUCGGUCGCAGGUCAGGCGCCCACUGCGGAGCCGUCGCUCUCGUCUGAGCCGGCCCCCGUCCCGCUCAGGUGGCACCAGCGGGCCACGAAAUCCACCAUCUAUGACUUCACCGAGCGCAGCGACGUGCCCGACCACGUCGAGAAUGACGGCAUGGACAUCCACCGCAGGGCCAACCCCAAGCCAGGCGACUCCGGCUACGUCCUGCUGCCCGGCUUCGACCCGGGCGAGUCGUGCGACGACGACGACCUGAUCCUGAGUCUGAGCCGACCUCGGGAGGCGCCGCCGCCCUGCCUCGUCACCUUCCUCAACGCCGGCGUCAUCAUCAACGAGCGCUCCAGUCUGCGUCAGAGGUCCAACGGCGGGACGCUGAGCGUGUCCUUCAGCGCUGGCCGACCGGCCGUGCACCAGUACCCGUCCGAGGCUUCACUGCUCGCUGCUGAGGCGCCCCCUGUCGAUCCGGUCCCCGCACCGUUCUUCUUCGAGGUCCCGCCGCCGCCUGCUGAGCUCCCGCCGCCGCCAGGGCAGACUUCCAACGGCGGCCCCGCCCACCAGCCCGAGAGACAUCUGGUGUCCGGUGCGGGCGAUGCGGAUGACCUCAGCGCUCCCGACGGUGCAGGCGGCCUCUCCACAUACAUCCCCUCUCGGUUGGGGUCGGCGGCCGUCUCGUUCGAGCUGGGCGUGUCCCGUCCGCCGCCGCCGCCGGCGCACCCGGCCCCGGUGCCGCCGACCAGCCCCGACACACCGCUGUCCGUCCAGCACGAGGAAAACUGGAGCGCCGACAUCAACGCCGACAUGUUGUUCUAGUGCCGCGUGACCAGCAGAUGAGCGCCGAACUGUGGAAGCGCUACGCUACGUCACGUUACGCUACCGGUGCCCAGGGGCGGACGCUACGCGAUUUGAGAGACGCGUGCCGCAGUAAGCGGAGAUAGUUGGCUGUUAUCACUGCUGUUUGGAUUGAUUUGUUAGUGAGCGGAGUGCGUACCUGUUAACGAAGGAAGAGCGAUUAUUGUUAAUCAGUUGUCCUCAUGUCGAAUCAGCCCUCAGUGCUCAGAGAUAAUGCCACCACAUUGUACUCCAGAAGGAUUCUAAUAGCUGCGUAUACAAAUGUAUCAGAUAUUGUUCAGUCAACGAUUGUAUUUUCUCUGAUUUGCAUGAAAUGAAUCAUGCAUGGCACGAACUCAUGAACAGAAACUUGUCCCAUGCUGAACGAGG